AUGCAGAUUAGGUUAGAAGAAGGAAAAGAAAAUGGAAUCUCAGUUAGAACAGUGCAGAGCAAAGCAUUUCCACCGAAAUUGCUUCUAGUGCUAGGUCUAUUUCUUGCUUUCGCUGUUACAGUCUUCAUCAUCAGUGUAUCUACAAUCAAGUAUACGGGAAUCCAAAGCGUAGUAACCACAGUCACUUCCAGCUUCGUGCCAUGCCGUGAGGAGGAAUCGAGCGGUUUGAGUAGAUGGAUACAGCCUCCUGCUGCUGUGAUGCAUAACAUGAGCGACGAGGAGCUUCUGUGGCGUGCUUCUUUCUGGCCUCGGAGGAAAGAGUAUCCGUUUAAAAGGGUGCCGAAGAUUGCGUUCAUGUUCUUGACUAAAGGUCCCUUGCCGCUUGCUUUGCUCUGGGAGAGGUUUUUCAAAGGUCACAGAGGGCUUUACUCGGUUUACAUUCAUCCCCACCCUUCUUUUACGGCCAAGUUUCCGGCUAACUCUGUUUUCCACGGCAGGCAGAUACCUAGCCAGGUUGCAGAGUGGGGGAGAAUGUCCAUGUGUGAUGCGGAGAAGCGGCUUCUAGCCAACGCGCUGCUGGAUAUCUCCAACGAGAGGUUCGUCCUUGUCUCGGAGUCAUGUAUCCCACUCUACAACUUCACGACAAUCUACAGCUACUUGAGCCGAUCGAAACACAGCUUCAUGGGUGCUUUUGAUGACCCUGGACCGUUUGGGCGCGGCCGAUACAACCAGAACAUGGAACCUGAAGUUCCCGUCACCAAAUGGCGGAAAGGGUCUCAGUGGUUUGAGGUUAACCGGGAGCUCGCAGCGACGAUUGUGGAAGACACGUUGUAUUACCCGAAGUUCAGAGAGUAUUGCAGGCCUGCUUGCUAUGUGGACGAGCAUUAUUUCCCAACGAUGUUGACGAUUGAGAAACCAAUGGUUUUGGCUAACCGGAGCUUGACGUGGGUGGACUGGUCUAGGGGCGGUCCCCACCCGGCUACGUUUGGGCGAUCGGACAUUACGGAGAGUUUCUUUGGAAGGAUCUUUGAUGGAAGAGACUGCAGUUACAAUGGUCGCAACACUUCCAUGUGUUAUCUCUUUGCGAGGAAGUUUGCUCCGAGUGCUUUGGAGCCUUUGCUUCACAUUGCUCCCAAGAUUCUAGGAUUCUGA